AUGGACCAGACCAAUGAAACCUCCACUGACUUCAUUCUUCUGGGGCUCUUUCCGGGGUUCAGGCACUCUACACUCCUGAUUCUCAUCAUUCUCCUCAUCUACACCACUGCCUUUGCUGGGAAUUCUGUCCUGAUUGUCCUCAUCUGGCUGGACUCCCGCCUGCACACCCCCAUGUACUUCCUGCUCAGCCAGCUCUCUGUCAUUGACCUGGCUUACAUCUCCAGCACGGUGCCCAAAACGGCGGCCAACUACUUCAAAGGGAAGAAGAGCAUUUCCUACUUUGCCUGUGCUGCUCAAAUGUUUUUCUUCCUCACUCUUGGCCUGGCGGAGUGCAUCCUACUGACCCUCAUGGCCUAUGACCGUUACGUGGCUGUCUGUAACCCCCUGAGGUAUGCGGUCCUCAUGAGCCCCAAGUUCUGUGUGCAGAUGGCUGCCGCAGUGUGGACUGGAGCCGCUCUGGCUGCCCUUGUCCACACCAUCUACCCGAUGCAUUUUCCCAUCUGUGGCUCCAGGGAGAUCAAUCACUACUUCUGUGAGAUGCCUGCCAUCCUGAGAAUGUCUUGUGUGGACACAUCAGUCUAUGAGAUGGUGAAAUUUGUGUCCACCAUUGUGUUUCUCCUGGUCCCGUUUAUUCUCAUCCUGGCCUCCUAUACGCUCAUAUUCCUCACUGUCCUCAGGAUGAACUCUCACAAGGGGAGGAGCAAAGCCCUGGCUACCUGCUCCUCCCACCUGACGGUAGUGAGCCUCUACUUUGGCCAAGCCAUCUUCAUCUAUAUGGCACCCACGUCUUCCCACACACCGGAGCAAGAGCAGGUAGGAGCUGUGCUUGGCACCAUAGUGACCCCCAUGCUCAACCCGCUCAUCUACAGCCUGAGGAACAAAGAAGUGGUAGGGGCCCUGAGGAAGUGCAUGGGAAGGUGCUGCCACUCUGAAAAUUGCCUAUUUCUGCAGCGUGGUGCUCAGAAAUGUUCUCUCCUCAGUUUUAAGGGUGUCCAUAAUCAACCCAAGCCCUAG